AUGCCAAACACGACCACAACUUCUACUGCAGCACACUUGGCAACAAUUUUAAUGAACCCGAUCACUACAUAUACUAAAUUAGAAGAGCUAACCAUACAUAGUUAUGAUACUAGAUUGAAAGAGAAAUGGGAUGCUUGUUCGAUGAAAGACGUAGUCCUCAUAGAUUUACAAGAAAAUAAUCUCUAUUCUUUAAAUGCAUAUAUCAAGGCCAUUAAUGCCAUUGUAAAUCCAAAUAUACCUUCGAAGAAGCAUUCUAUUCAAGUUUUGGCUUGCGGUCACACUUAUCACAAAUCUUGUUAUAUAAACAAUAGAUUCAAGUGCAUGCAUUGCCUCUCAUUUUUACAAGACGGUAUUGAUGAACAUGUUCAGUCUUUAUUAGAACGCUUGCAUCGCUUCGAAGAAGAACAACAAGCUGAAGUUGAAGAUCUGGAAAAAAAUACCCAUGUGAUGAUGAUGAUGAAAGCGAAUUUAUAG